GAUGCAUUAAUCCAUGCUCCAUCAUGUUUCACGAAGUGUAGGAUUUCCUUUCGUUCUUAACCUGUUUGACAGAAAGCUAAUCGCACGCAUAUGCGAACAUUUUAUACUGUAAUUAUUCUUUAUUGAAAAAAUGAAUGCCAGACCACAGACAAGAAGGAUUCCCGAAGUGGAACCCCGUAUAGAUUAUGUUCAGUGCGAUGGAUUAGUUGUUAUGAAAAUGGUGAAACAUUGUCACGAAGAGUCUUUGAGUAACAUGGAUGUUGCUCAAGGUGCUCUUCUCGGUUUGGUAGUUAAACAUCGACUCGAGAUCACAAAUUGUUUUCCAUUCCCAAAAAAUGACGAAAUUAUGGACGAAGAAGAAUACCAACUUGCCAUGAUGCGUCGUUUGAGAUGGGUAAACGUUGAUCAUUUCCAUGUUGGUUGGUACCAGAGUGCAGACGUUGGAAACUUCCUGAAUGUUUCGCUAUUGGAAUCACAAUAUCAUUAUCAAACUUCCAUAGAAGAAUCAGUAGUUCUUAUAUACGAUACAGCCAAGUCAGCCAGAGGUUUUUUGACAUUGAAAGCUUAUAGGCUUACACCGCAAGCUAUUCAGUUGUACAAAGAAGGAGAGUUUACACCGGAAGCAUUAAGAACUUUGAAAAUCGGUUAUGAGAACCUGUUCAUUGAAAUUCCAGUGGUAAUAAAGAACAGUAAUUUGACUAACAUAAUGAUGUCCGAGUUGGAAGAAAUGAUUCCUGAAGAAGAAGGUACUAAAUACUUGGACCUAGGAACUGCCACUGUUCUAGAAAAUCAGUUACGUUGUCUAAUGGAUCGUGUAGAUGAAUUGAAUCAAGAGGCCAUGAAGUUUAAUAGAUACCAACAGUUGGUUGUUCGUCAACAGCAAGAGAAGAACAGAUUAUUAGCUAAGAGAGCCCAAGAAAAUGCAGCUAGGGCUGCUAAAGAUGAACCUCCAUUGCCAGAUGACGAUAUCAAUAAACUGAUGAGACCUUUACCUGUUCCACCAAGGCUGAAUCCAAUGAUUGUAGCUGGACAAAUUAAUACAUACAGUGAACACAUAUCUCAAUUCUGUGCUCAGAGCUUAGCAAAGUUAUACAUCACACAGAGUCUUCAAAAUGCAAAAGAGUCAAAGUCUUCACAUUGAAAUUGAUUACAAUUUAAACAUCUGUAACAUCAAAAACUGAAAGUAACUACAAAAAUAAUAAAU